UAGAACAACUUAUAUGGAAAUUCUUCGGUUUGAGCGCGCGCCUUAAGCCAUUUACAUAAGUUACAAUAGAUUAUAGUGACAGUCCACUCGAAUUUACUCCAUUUUGAGGACUUACAGUCCUCCUACGGUGUUGCUUGAGUGCGUCCGCACACAUCAGACGUGAUGUGUCGUGAUGUGUGUAGCGUAAACCCUGUUCCUAAACGGAACCGUACCAGUUCAUUCACCUCCCCGUACAUGUAAUGAUCGAACGACCAUAAAGCCCAGACCAAUUUAUUGAACCACUGAUAGAAGUAGACUUUCGCGAUAUUUGGAUCCAGUUGGUCCAGCUUUCUCAUUUUUUGGAUCCCCCGCCACCAGCCACAGGAUGUUUCACUCCUCCACGAGGUCGCAUGUUUGGUUUCACGGGCUCACUAUCUGAGUCCCACUCUUCUUCCUCAAGGUCCUCUUUGUUUCUGCUAUCAGUUGCACCGUCAAUUUCUCCAGCCGCUUUGACGUUUGAGGCAGACUCUACAGUGCUUGCGCUGACCUCAGACAGCUUGACACUGCCUGCAGAUUCAACAUCCGAAGCUGAUUUGACAGUAUCAGCGGAGGGAACGCUCGAGGCUGAUUUCACUGUGGAAGCUGGCUCAACGGUCGAGGCCGAUAUGACGCUGGUCGAGGCCGACUCAGGUAGUCCUAUGUCUUUCGGUCUUCAAGGGAUGUUAGGCAGAGGGCAUAUCAAGCCCAGGAGAUAAAUACCUGUCAGACUUGUCCAUGUUAUUGAAAGGGAGAUAACUGGGAGAUAAAAAGAAACGGGACUAUGGAACUGAGGAUACAUAUACGGGCAAAACAAGCGCGCGUUUAGUUGUUCAAUGUUUAACGCUAGGUAGUAUCAUUGACGACAACAGCGGAGACGGAUACAGUAAAAAGAGGAACACGCGUUGGCUCAUGGUUCCAUAAUUCCAUUUCUGUCCGACGAGCGUC